GUGAGUGCUCCUCUUAAUCUACGAUCUUUGUCGGGCGGUUAUCAGACAGGAAGCGUCCUGGAGGUUCGUCCCGCGGCGGCCUGAGGUCCUCCCCCCGCCGGUGGCUCCAGCACAGCGGCUGGGAGCUGACGGCAGUGCGGCAGCAGCGAUGCCUCUCCGGGUGGUGAUCCAGGGGCCCGGGCCCUGGGGCUUCCGGCUGGUCGGAGGGAAAGACUUCGAGCAACCUCUCGCUAUUUCACGGGUCAAUCCAGGAAGUAAGGCAGCCCAAGCCAACCUGUGCAUGGGAGACAUCAUCCUGGCAAUCGACGGAGAACCCACAGACAACAUGACACACCUGGAGGCUCAGAACAAGAUCAAGGGUUGUGGUGAUGAAAUGGUGCUCUCCGUAGACAGGUCAGAAGCUAAGCUGUGGUCGCCGCUGUCCUCUGAGGAAGGGAAGUCUCAUCCGUACAAGAUGAAUCUUGCAUCAGAGCCACGGGAGGUGAAACACAUUGGAUCCACCCACAACAGGAGCGCUUUACCUUUCUCUGGUUUUGGCUCCAAAGUUGUCACCAACCAGUACAACAGUCCGUCUGGUCUGUACUCCUCAGACAACAUCAAGGACUUGAACUCUGCUGUGGACGACGUGAAGACCAUGACCAUAUCAGGAGAGCCCAACAGAGCUCCGUCAGACCCAUCUGCUGCAGGAAAGAGGCCGACCAUCGCAGCAGACUCUGAAGUCUACAAGAUGCUGCAGGAGAACCAGGAGUCGGACGAGCCGCCGCGGCAGUCCGCCUCCUUCAAGGUGCUUCAGGAAAUUCUGGAAACGGGUGAUGCAGACAAACCGUCAGGCUUCAGGAGCGUGAAGGCCCCCACCACAAAGAUCGGAUCCUCGGUGGGAAACGCUGACAAGUUACCCGUCUGUGACAAAUGUGGAUCAGGGAUUGUGGGGAUGGUGGUGAAGCUGAGGGACAAGUUUCGCCACCCUGAGUGCUACACGUGCACGGACUGCGAUGUCAACCUCAAGCAGAAAGGACAUUUCUUUGUGGAGGACCAGGUUUAUUGUGAGAAGCACGCACGAGAGCGGGUGACGCCCCCUGAGGGCUACGACGUGGUUACAGUCUUCCCCAAGUAGUCUUCCUUUGUGGGACGGGCCUUGGACUGUAGCUCUCCGUAACAUUUCCUUCCAUAACAUUUCCUUCCAGCGUGAUGGACGCUCCGUCACAUUUGUCUGCAUUUGCACAUCAAUUCUUUGCAUUAGUCACAGACACUAUGAUCUAGUAUUGAUCCUCUUUACAUGCUCACUGUAUUCAGUAAUGGAAAUGGCGCUUUAUAAUCACAACUUUUCUACUUUAAUAAAUACAGAAAAAGUAAAGAAAUGUAUUUGAGUUUCUUUGCCAAAUAAAUCUUUCAGCUGAAAGCGGA